CCCCUUAUUUACCAUGAAGAUGACAACUCUGCUCUAUGACCGUUUUUGGGCCUGUGCUCUCCUCAUGAGCACACUAACCGGAAGAAGCUAUGGACAAACUUCCUUACAAGACGAAAUUAAGGACAACACAACAAUAUUCACUCGAAUUCUGGAUCGACUACUGGAUGGUUAUGAUAAUCGCCUGAGACCAGGAUUAGGAGAGCGUGUAACUGCGGUGAAGACUGACAUUUUUGUCACCAGCUUCGGACCUGUUUCAGACCAUGAUAUGGAAUAUACAAUCGAUGUAUUUUUCCGGCAAAGCUGGAGGGACGAAAGGCUGAAGUUCAAAGGACCCAUGACGGUCCUCCGGCUGAACAAUUUAAUGGCCAGCAAAAUAUGGACACCAGAUACAUUUUUUCACAACGGAAAGAAAUCAGUAGCUCACAACAUGACCAUGCCAAAUAAACUCUUGCGGAUUACAGAAGAUGGAACAUUACUCUACACAAUGAGACUCACAGUGAGGGCAGAAUGUCCAAUGCACUUAGAAGACUUUCCCAUGGAUGCACACGCUUGCCCUUUGAAAUUUGGAAGCUAUGCUUAUACAAAGUCAGAAGUGCUAUACGAAUGGACUCGGGAACCAGCUCGGUCUGUUGUGGUUGCGGAAGAUGGAUCUCGGUUGAACCAGUAUGAUCUCAUGGGACAAACAGUGGAUUCUGGAAUUGUGCAAUCCAGUACAGGGGAAUAUGUUGUGAUGACUACCUAUUUCCACUUGAAGAGAAAGAUUGGAUACUUUGUCAUUCAGACAUAUCUGCCAUGCAUCAUGACUGUGAUUUUAUCACAGGUUUCUUUUUGGCUCAACAGAGAAUCUGUUCCAGCAAGGACUGUGUUUGGAGUGACAACCGUACUAACAAUGACUACCUUGAGCAUCAGUGCGCGGAAUUCCCUUCCCAAGGUGGCCUAUGCUACAGCGAUGGAUUGGUUUAUAGCUGUGUGUUAUGCAUUUGUCUUCUCUGCAUUGAUUGAAUUUGCAACAGUAAACUACUUCACAAAGAGAGGCUAUGCAUGGGAUGGCAAAAGUGUUGUUCCAGAAAAGCCAAAGAAAGUAAAGGAUCCCCUCAUUAUGAAAAAUAAUUCAUUCACAGCACCAGCAACAGCCACAAGCUUCACCCCUAAUAUUGCAAGGGACCCUGGACUGGCAACUAUUGCUAAAAGUGCAACAAUAGAACCAAAAGAAGUCAAAGCAGAAACAAAGCCACCAGAACCUAAGAAAACAUUUAACAGUGUCAGCAAAAUUGAUCGACUAUCAAGAAUAGCAUUCCCAUUGCUUUUCGGAAUUUUUAAUUUAGUAUACUGGGCUACUUAUUUAAAUAGAGAGCCACAGCUUAAAGACCAAACCCCUCCUCUCUAACCCCGCUAACCAUAUCAUUUAUUCAGUCUCUUUUGCACUGGGGAUUGUUUUUUUUUGGUUUUAACACACAGCAGUUCCCAUUUACUUCAUUGCCUCUGUCUUAAAGAAAUGGAGAUUUCCUUAUUUUAUAAAGUAAAAGUGUAUAAUAUUAUAUAUAUAUAAUAUAUAAUAUAUAUAUAUAAUAUAUAUAAAAUAGAAAAGAUACUAAAACUGUAUUCUAGGGCUGUAACAAUGUGAUGUAGACAUCAGAUUCUGAACUGCUAUUUUGAACAAGAGGUAAAUGGAAGAAAUCUAAACCACAUGUAGAUAGCCUGUUGCUGAAUGUUCCCCAUAAGAGAUGCUGUACAUGUCAAGAGAAAUAUUUUUAUGCAAAAUGAUAGAAGGUAAAAACAGUCUUUAUAUAUGUUCAUGUUGCACAUACAGCAUUGUACUUUCCAUUUUUGAAGUGCUGCUUAUUUUAACUUCUUUUAUAAUACAUACAUCUUUCCAAAGUGGUGGAUUCCAGAAGAUACAAAUAUUUUUCCUAGCUUUCUUUUUACCUAAAUUCCUGACCACCGGUUUUGAAAUAUAUAGUGUUAUUUACAUACAAGAAAAAAAAAAAUAAAACCUAUUUACUAAUGGUAUAGAGGUGAUCACAGAACAGCACAUUAGAUUAAUGAUAACGAAUGCUUUAAUAUGCUCUCUCACUGCAAUUUGAUCUUAAGCAUCAGAUGGUCACUUGACUUGGUAACAGUCAAUCAAUCGCAUAAUUAAGUUGCAGAACUCAAAUUCCUUGAAAUAUGUUAAGUAAACAACAUUUGGAUGAUUUGGAAAGGAUUCUUGUUUGUUUUAUUUAAAGAAGGGGAAAACAUCUGUAUUUUGCAAGCUCUAGAUAUGUUGAAUGUAUUAUUUUAUACAAUGGUAAAUUAAAAGCUUUAGAUUGAAACAUAACAGUUAGCCAAGAGACAAAAGAAAACAAACCACUAUUAUUUCAAUAUCUGUAAAUAUACAGCAUGAGAUUGUACAUUUUUAAAACUUUUUUAUGUUCUUAAACUAUUGUGUAGGGUACAUACACCUCUUUAAGCUCUGAAUAUGUUGUAACUUGUUAUACUUUACAAAAAAGAAACAUAUUUAGAGCUUGCAUUUUAAAAAGUCAGUAGCACUUGAAAGUAAGAUGAAAAGGCAAAAAAGUAAAUCUGAGAUAAAAUAGAGAGCUUGGGACUUGUUCCAUUUGUAAGGUGGCUAUGUGUACAGCGACUUGCAGUGUGAAACUGUCAUCCAGUGUCUACCAUUAGGCUUAUGACUGGUAUGCUCAGGUAAUGCGCGGAUACUAAAAUAUGGAAUUAUAUUUGGUAGGAAAAUGGUAAAAUAUUUAAGACAAAAAUCAUCUGUAUAUUAUUGCUAUAUUUGCUGAUACAUAACUGUUAACAAUACGUGAUGUAAUAUAUGUAGCAUUACAUACAGGAAAAACUACACACAAAAGAAUGUACAGAAAAAUAAAUUUUAUUGAGUAAACUUAUUACAUUUCAUUUUUACUGUAGCAAUAUAUUUGUAGGAACAAUAUGUAAGGGCUUUAAAUACAAGAUGUCCAUUUUGCAAGUUAUUAGUAAUCCCUACAAAACAAUUCUGGCCAGUUUCAUUUCUUCUGAGAAGUUAUUUAAAACAACGAUCCAAUUCCAUAGACGGAUAUUUCCAAAUUUUGUCAGAAAGACAGAUAAGAUUAUUGGGAGCAUUAACACAGUGGUUCAGAAUCCAUUACACACAGUAGUGAAUGCAUUUAAACAACAACGUGACAGAUUUUCAAUUGAAAUAGCUAAUAAGGUAGUCUGUUUGAUAUCUAUACAUGUUACAGGCAAUGUUUUAUAUACUCUUUCUCAGUAAAUCAAGAGAUUGCUGCUCACUUAGUAUCUACAAACUGAACAUUAUUUUUUUCUUUAGGAAAGAAGACUUUUUGAAAAAAAAAAACCUAACUAAUGCUUCAUUGUCUACCAUUUAGUCCUGUCUAAACUUGAUGAGCUAAUCUGAUUGGAGCUUAUUAAAGAGGAUGUGUAAUCUUCUGGUAUUAUGUGUAGAUAUAUGUAUAGAAAAAAUAAACUAUGACUUAUAACUUUGGUAUUUGUUUAUCUUGUUAUUUUUGGCGUUUUAAUCUAGCGUGUUCAUUAAGGGCAUUUUACCUUCCUUAUUCUCCAUUUUGCUCUCUUUUGGUCUGCCUUUUGCACAUUAGAUGUGAAUAUUACUUAACUAGUCUGCUUUUUUGCUAUGCAAUGACGGCAUUAUGUCAUCUCUUAGUUUGUUAGUCUAUGUGAAUAGUAUACUGUAUAAACCUGAUUGCACAGUUUAUCAAAGACAAGGUAUUCUCUAUGUAGCUUUUUUACAGUGCUUUGCUAAACCAUGAAAUAAUAGUAAGUCUUCCUUGAAAUUAAUGA